AUGUUUCUUCCCGCCAUCUCCGCCUCGCUCUUCAUCGCGUUGCUUCUCACGUUCGGCCCGCACCCUUCCCAAGCUUCUCUCACAGGGGGUCUUAUUGCCGCGGACCGAGGAAGGUUCGUGCGCGAGGACGGCUCGACCUUCCGCGUCGCCGGCACCAACUGCUUCUACCUCGCGUACUCCUCGGGCGCCGACGACGGCUCGUACGAGCACGCGUGGGUCGAUGAGGUGCUCGAUGAGGCGCAGAGCCUGAAGCUGAACGUUAUCAGAGUAUGGGCUUUUCAGGACGAGUGGUUCGAGCGCGAGCGGGCGCUUCAGCCCGCGCCCGGGGUUUACAACGAGCGCUUUCUCGUUGCGCUUGACAAACUCAUCAUUGAAGCGUCGCGACGAGGCCUCAGGCUUCUCUUGUGCUUGACCAACUACUGGGAAGACUACGGUGGAGCUAUCGCGUACGUUAGGUGGGCUGCGGCUGCGGGCGAGAGCGUGUCCAACCGCCGGGAGGAUUUCUUCACCUCCAAGUCCUGCCGCACCUGGUUCAAAGCUUUUCUCUCGCACGUUGUGGGCAGAGUUAACACGGUCAACGGAGUCGCAUACAGGGACGAGCCGGCGAUUUUCGCGUGGGAGAUUAUCAACGAGCCCAGAUACACAGGUGAUAGCUCUGGCGACGUGCUACAGGGCUGGAUCCAGGAGAUGUCCAGGCACGUGAAAUCCCUGGACAGCCGCCACAUGCUCACUGUGGGCCAUGAGGGCUGGUAUGGUCGCUCGUCCCCUUCACGAGAACGAGAUAACCCAAUCGGCGGAGCUGAGCGGAUGGGCGGCGACUUCACGCGCAACUUCCUCAUUCCGACGCUCGAUUUCGCCGUCAUCCACCUCUGGGCCGACCUGUGGCUCAAGUGCGACGAGGACUGCAAGCUCGCAUUUGCUGACUCUUGGAUCACGGGACACCUGGCCGAGGCUCGCCAGACUUUUGACAAGCCGGUGCUCCUCGAGGAGUUUGGUAAGUGGAAACCGUACGAGUCCAGGGACGUAUUUUUCCGCCGCGCGUACGAGGCAUCUACCGCGCCGUUCUCGAGGAUUCCGUCUCAUGCCGGAGGGGCGAUGUUCUGGAUCAUGCACCCGGACAACUACCCAUUCAACGACGACGGCUUCGGCGUG